GUCCUUACAGCCUUUUUUCUUUAUAGAAUUAUUCCCUAAACGAGGUUGAUCCUCACACUCUCCUUUCUACUACCAAUUGCCAUUGUGCACAGUCUCUCCUUAAACCUAACACUCCUUUAAAUCGGUCAAUCACCAUGUUCUUUUCCAAAAUCCUUUUCCCAGCGGCCUUUGCGCUGGCUGUCUCGGCCCUUCCGCAAUUCUACCCGGUGGCAGCAUGACUAGGCAUGAUGCAACUACCACCUCCAGCACAAGCAUCAGCACUACCUCCCAUGCCGCCAGCCCCAGCGCCACAACCAGCAGCAGCGGCGGCAGCGUCCAGAUUGUAAAUAACCUCGACUCCACCGUCUACCUGUGGUCCACCUCCGAUACCUCCACCGCCAUGCAAACCAUCGCCUCCGGUGAGACGUACUCCGAGACCUACCAGACCAACUCCAAUGGCGGCGGAAUCUCCAUCAAGAUGGCCACCACUGAGAGCCAGGCCAGCGUCCUCCAGUUCGAGUACACCAAAGCCAGCGACACGCUCUUCUGGGACUUGUCCGCAAUUGAUAUGGACUCGGACUCGGAAUUCAUCACAGCAGGAUUCUCGGCUACACCUAGUGACUCGAGUUGCUCAUCCGUGACUUGUGCGGCUGGCGACAGUGACUGUAGCGAGGUGUAUCAGGAGUCGGAUGAUGUUGCGACGCAGAGCUGCUCGGCUACUGCGGGAAUUACGGUUACGUUGGGCUGA